CCGUCCCCGUCCCCGUCCCCUCCCCGCCGGCAGCCCCGCCGCUCCCCGCUCGGGCGCCGCCACCGGCCACCGCGCCCCCAGCUAUGUACUCCCCGUACUGCCUCACCCAGGAUGAGUUCCACCCGUUCAUCGAGGCGCUGCUGCCUCACGUCCGAGCCUUCUCCUACACCUGGUUCAACCUGCAGGCGAGGAAGCGCAAGUAUUUCAAGAAGCACGAGAAGAGGAUGUCGAAGGACGAGGAGCGGGCGGUGAAGGACGAGCUGCUGGGCGAGAAGCCUGAGAUCAAGCAGAAGUGGGCAUCCCGGCUGCUGGCCAAGCUGCGCAAAGACAUCCGGCCGGAGUUCCGGGAGGACUUCGUGCUCACCAUCACGGGCAAGAAGCCCCCCUGCUGCGUGCUGUCCAACCCCGACCAGAAGGGCAAGAUCCGACGGAUUGACUGCCUGCGCCAGGCUGACAAGGUGUGGCGGCUGGACCUGGUCAUGGUGAUUUUGUUUAAGGGGAUCCCCCUGGAAAGUACUGAUGGGGAGCGGCUCUACAAGUCGCCCCAGUGCUCGAACCCCGGCCUGUGCGUCCAGCCACACCACAUUGGAGUCACAAUCAAAGAACUGGACCUUUAUCUGGCUUACUUUGUCCACACUCCGGAAUCCGGACAAUCAGACAGUUCAAACCAGCAAGGAGAUGCGGACAUCAAACCACUGCCCAACGGGCACUUAAGUUUCCAGGACUGCUUUGUGACUUCUGGGGUCUGGAAUGUGACAGAGCUGGUGAGAGUAUCACAGACUCCUGUUGCAACAGCAUCAGGGCCCAACUUCUCGCUGGCAGACCUGGAGAGCCCUAGCUACUACAACAUCAACCAGGUGACCCUGGGGCGACGGUCGAUCACCUCUCCUCCCUCCACCAGCACCACCAAGCGCCCCAAGUCCAUCGAUGACAGCGAGAUGGAGAGUCCCGUCGAUGACGUAUUCUAUCCUGGGACCGGCCGCUCCCCGGCGGCUGGUGGCAGCCAGUCCAGCGGAUGGCCCAAUGAUGUGGACGCAGGCCAGGGUUCGCUAAAGAAGUCAGGGAAGCUGGACUUCUGCAGUGCCCUCUCCUCACAGGGCAGCUCCCCGCGCAUGGCUUUCACACACCACCCGCUGCCUGUGCUCGCCGGAGUUAGACCAGGGAGCCCCCGGGCCACGGCGUCGGCGUUGCACUUCCCCUCCACGUCCAUCAUCCAGCAGUCGAGCCCGUACUUUACCCACCCGACCAUCCGCUACCACCACCACCACGGUCAGGACUCGCUGAAGGAGUUUGUGCAGUUCGUGUGCUCCGACGGCUCGGGCCAGGCUACCGGACAGCCCAACGGUAGCGGCCAGGGCAAAGUCCCGGGGUCAUUUUUGCUACCGCCUCCGCCUCCAGUGGCCAGACCUGUGCCCCUUCCUAUGCCUGAUUCCAAAUCCACCAGCACUGCCCCAGACGGCGCCGCCUUGACUCCUCCAUCACCUUCAUUCUCAACGACAGGCGCCUCCUCUGCCAACCGGUUUGUCAGCAUCGGACCCCGGGACGGCAACUUUCUGAACAUCCCGCAGCAGUCUCAGUCCUGGUUCCUCUGAUCCACAAAGAACCAACAAGAACCAACGAAAUGAAGAGAGGUUCCUCAAAGGGGGGGUGAAGAAAUUUCAAGACAUGGAAAAACAAACAAACAAGCAAAAAUCCCCCAGCUCAGCCCCACCGAAAAAGCAAAAAUUAGACGUUUGUCAGCCACUCAGCCCUUCCCUCCUCUAGCUCGGGGACACCCCCCUCCCCUCCCCUGAGGUCCGAAGCAGCCCAGUUCUGGGGAGCCCCCUUCGAAGAGGUCUCUCAGAGGAGCUGUGCACCAGCAGCCAAACAGAAAGAAACGUGCGUGCUAAGCGGGCUCUGCCAAGCAGAGGACACUGAGAAAGAAAGGAUGCGGCAGACCGCCUUCUCCCACCCAGCCCGGCCGUGCAGACCACAGCAAGGCCCCCAAGUGGGCCUGGUUCCGCCCGCCCGCGCCCUGCCACCACCAGCCCUCGUCCUGCACUGGGCCCGAGCUCACCCCGAGGAGCCCAGAGGAGCAGCUCGUGACGAAGAGGGAGAGAUCUUCGAGCUGCCCUCCGGACUUCGACUCCUCCCUCCCUCCCUCCGGGCCUCAGCUCCUGGGGGCGUAGGGUUGGAGAGGUGGUGGGGGGAGCUUCUGCCCCCAGCUGUUCCGGACCAGGCAAGGGAGAUUCUCCCCCCCCCACACACACACCACCCCGGUGGGCAGGGAGCACCCCCAGAAGCUAGUAGCAUUCUGCCUGAGUCCAAGAUGGACUGCUCCGCCACCACCACAAUCACACCACACCCCUGAGCCGCAGGGGCGCUCUUGGGGUUGGACACCCCACCACCACCACCACCACCACCACCACCACCACCCCGCUCUGUACAGUAAGCAGGAAAAAGUGAGGAUGCUAUGGAUGGAACACCCAGCCCGGGACAGGCACCCUCCCCACCCCACCCCCAGCCUGCCUGCCACGCCACUCCAACCCCACCACCGAGCGAACGGAACCGGGCCUCCUCCCCACCCCGGGGUCGCCCGCCCGUCCCCCAGCCCUGCAUGCAGGUGCCCGCGCCCCGUCGGUCCUGCCCCCUGCCUCUCGCGCGCGCGCACAGCCCUGCUGCUGGGGGACGGCCGAGAGUGGAGCGCAGGGGGUCCCCGGAGCCGCGCCCUGGACGAGGCUGCCCGCCGCCACCUGCGCCUUAGGUAGGCGUCCACCUCGCUGACCUUCAGCUCCUGUGGAGGGCGGUGGGUGUCCUUUGUCACAAGGGUUCUGGAGCUCUCUGGCCCCCUACCACCACCACCACCGCCACCACCACCGCACCCUCCCUACGGUCACUUAUCCCUCUCCCCCCCUCACCCCCCAGAUUCUAGCCGUAAUGUCUUUUAUUCUUUAUUUAGGGGUGGGGCGGUCCACCGUUUGGGUCUUUUUUCUCCCCCGCUGUUGCAAUUUGGGAACUCCUCCCUUUGAACAACUUGGGAACAAUUUGGUAACACACCACAGGAAGUAGCUCUCCCCACAACCUUCUCCUUCCUCCCCCCCCCCCAAGGGAUGGUGGGGGCCCGUCCAGAGGGUCUUCAGAAGCCUCCCCCAGCCCUGGGAGGGAGGGGAGUGCGCCCAGCACCCCACACCCCCAGGGUGUGACUUGGCCCCUCUGGCUUGUCUUUUUGUGCCUUACUCCCUGUACCCUGCGUCUCCCCUUCCCAAGCCCACUUCUCAAGUCCUUGUGCCUCUCUCUCUCUCUAUCUCUCUCUCUCUCUCUCUCUCUCUCUCUCUCUCCACGGUAU